ACCGUCACUAUACGAAAUUAUGCAAAUAUCGACUAUUAACGCCAUCUAGUAGCGCGCGGUAAGAACAGUGUAAUGCAGAAACUCCCAUGUUUAUAUCAUAAUCCGUUCGAUAGAUGUCAUUAGUGUCGAUAUGUCAUUGGUGGGAGAUCACGAGGCCGUUGACAGCAACAUCGUCAUUUUUUCAUUAGAGACAUGGCCGCCGUGAUGUUGAGGUCAAUUCUGUAUUGAACAGUGACAUUUUUUGUUUACCUACGCUUUUCCUGAAAUUAUAAGUAUCUUCAUCAUGCCUCCUAUCAACCCAAGGACUCGUAAAUUUAGAGGAAUUAUUAAAGAUAUUAAUUCCAAAAUUGAAGAAUCUCCAGAAAUAAACGAAACUACGAGUAUUAGAGUUGCACAAGAUCCAAGCCCAAGUUCCAGCAUUACAGGCGUUCAACGUAAACAAUACUUUAGAAACAGAAAUUCUUCAAGUUCUUCCUGUAGCAGCCGUCAGUCUACUCGAGAUUUUUCGCCUGCUUCCGAUGAUGAUAAAGAGUAUAAACCCAGUUCUCUAGAUAAUUCGUCAUCUCAAGAAUCUGACAAUGAAACUCGUACACAAAACAUUAAAUUACCAAAAAAAGUAUGUCAACAACAAAAUUUAGUCAGUGGGUCUCAAUCACAAUUCAGUUCGUACAAUUCACUUACACAAAAAGAAACACUAUCGUCGGGAACUGCACCCGGAUCAUCUAGUUCAUCUUCAUCAUCUAGUUCAUCCACUUCUAGUACGUCUAGUAGCUCUUCUAACAGUUCUUCAGAUUCUGAACAAAAUUCAGUUGCACCAUCGAAGCGGAAAUGUGUUACAAUGAACCAAGGAACAGAUAUUGAAAUAAUAAUAAGCAAAUCAACCGAAUACUUGUCAUCUUUACAACAAAUAGCAUUACAAUAUGAUUCAAAUAGUUCGUCUGAUAUUAAUGAAAAUGUGAUUAAAAAAUGUACAACGUCUGAAAGGCUCAUAACCGAAGUAGAUAAUUCAAACAAUUACAUACAUAAUUUAGACUCAUAUUAUGGAGAAACCCAAAUACUCUCAUUUCAUGAUAAUCAAAUUAACGCAACAGUUAAUGGUAAUUCUGAAGUAGCACAUGACCCAGCAAAUUUUAUUUAUGUUUCAUCACCCCUAAAGCAAAAUAAUCCUACGUUUUAUAAUCCUCUAUCUUUAAAAUCAAUUGUAUUAGAGCAAAUUAAAAAUAUUCAAACUGCAGCUAUUAGUGAUUUGACACCUGAUGAAGUUUGCCAGAAUGACUCUAAUGGACAAACACGAAAAAGAAAGCGCGGCAGUAAAAAGGCUCUUGCAAAAACUUUACGAAAUAUGGGUUUAAAGUAUACAUCUUCGUCUACCAAACAUAAAGUAAUAACAGAAAGAAAAAUAGGUGUUCCUUGUAAUAAUAAUUGCCGAUUAAAGUGUUCCAAUAACUUUUCUGAAGAAGAACGUAAGGAAAUUUUUUGUAACUAUUGGAGAAUGGGGUCACUUACACAACAAAGAUACUUUAUAUCUAAACAUAUGAGUGAGAUUAAACCGAAGUAUCAAUAUAAAAAAAUAUCUAACAAUAGAAAACCCAAACACUCAUUUUACUUAACAAUAAAUAACCAAAAAAAGAAGGUAUGCAAAAUAUUUUUCAAAAGAACUUUAGGUAUCAAUGACAGGCCAAUUCGGACUGUUAUAGAAAAAUUUAACUCAACGGGUAUUAUUGAACCUGAACUACGUGGAAAACACAAAAAUCAUGGAACCAAAGUAUCUGCAGAGUUAUUGGCUACAGUUAAAAGACAUAUUGAUAGUAUACCCAGAAUUGAGAGCCAUUAUUUGCGUCAACAAACAAGUAGAGAAUACAUAGAGGGAGGGAAAACAUUAACCGAUUUAUACAGAAAUUAUAAAAAAGAUUGUGAAAAGAACGGAUCUGAAUAUGUCAAAAUUAAUAUUUAUAGAAAAGUGUUUAAAGAAGACUUUAAUAUAAGUUUUUUUACACCAAAGAAAGACCGUUGCGAAGAUUGUGUUGCAUAUGAAAACGCAUUACAACCAGAUAAAGAAAAAUUGGAAGAAAAGUAUAUAUCACACUUAAAAGAGAAAGAAUUAAGCAGGGCAGAGAAGUUAAGAGACAAGGAAUUUAUCAGUGAGAAUAAUAUUGUAGCAUGUUAUGAUAUGCAAGCCAUGUUACAGGUUCCUAGGGGAGAUGUGUCUUCUUUCUAUUACAAAUCCAGAUUAAAUUGCAUGAAUUUUACAAUUUGCGAACUAAAAGCAGAUAAUACUGACUGCUUUUUUUGGAAUGAGGUUGAAGGGCAAAAGGGCGCAAAUGAAAUAGGUACAUGCAUUUUCAAAUUCUUAGAGAAAAAGUCCGCGUCUUUGUCAGGAAAAGUAGAUAUAAUAUUUUACUCUGAUAACGCAUAUGGCCAAAAUAAAAACCAAUUCGUAUUUUCCACAUACAUACACGCAGUUAAGAACUUACCAAAUAUUAAUUCAAUAAUUCAUAAGUUUUUGAUCAAAGGUCAUACGCAAAAUGAGGGUGACUCUGUCCAUUCCACAAUAGAGCGGCAGAUAAAAAGAAUGUUACGUGCUGGACCUAUUUACGUCCCGGAUCAGUACAUAAAUGCCAUACGAGAGGCAAAGAAAAAAGGGAACAAAUAUAAUGUAGUAGAAAUGUCUCACAAGGAAUUUUAUGACAUAAAAAAAAUUCAAGAGUAUAAAUUGACUAAAAAUACAGAAGGAGCGGUAGUUAAAGUAAGUGAUAUCAAGAUUAUAAAGAUUGAAAAAAGGGAUUCAAAUAAUAACGUAAGAGUAUAUUACAAGGAAUCUUAUUCGGAAGAAAAUUACAAAGAAAUAAAAUUGAUUAAAAUACCUCGUGCUCGGCCUCAAUUACUCCCUCUUUAUACUUCAAAAUUACCAUUGUCUGAUAAUAAAAAAAAGGAUCUUAAGGAUCUUAUAAAAAAAAAUGCUAUAUUGCCGUAUUAUGUAUCAUCUUUUUAUAAUCACAUUCUAUAAUUUUCAAGGGAUAAUAAUAAUAGGUGAUUAAGAAAUCCAUCUCAAAAUUGUCACUUUUUUAUUUUGUACUAAGAUUUUUUUACUAUUUCUUUUUAUUUUGAUUUUGAUUAGGUAAAUAAAGUUUAUAAAAAAAACUUAAAUGAAAAAGUAUUUGAAAUAGGUAUGAUUUUUGUUUCAUUUUCGAACUUAAUGAUACCAAAACAAAAACCAAUUCGUAAUUAGUGAGGAGAGUUGUUUAUUGAUUUUGGUCAAAUUAUUGUCUGUCUGUGAGACAUUUGUUUAGAAUUUAAUUUUGUUAUCUAUUGUUUCAAAUAAUAGUAAUAUUGAUAGUCUGAUUACUGUGAUUUUAGAUAAUAAGAACAAUUUUAAUAAGAAUACUCUACAAUUACCUAAAUGGAAAUAAGAUUAAGACUGAAUGUAGCCAUAUAAUUGGUAAUAAAACAUUGUUUUUUUAUAUAAAACGACUGAUUUCAUAAUAAGUCGUGGUUUCAUUUACCCAAUUAUAUUAUUUUGUUUAUUUAUCGUUAUAAAUAUAGGAAGAUAGUGUCAUUUUAACGCAUGUAAUGUUUCAGCUCUAACUUAAGACAUUUUGAAAAGUGACACUUUUACAUAUUAUGUGGAACAGUGACACUAUAUUUAAAAAAAAAAAAGAAAAAAAUCCGUUUUAAUAAAUAGAUUUAAAUCCUGUAAGUGGUUAGCACAAAGUUUAUCCUAAUAAUAAUAAUAUGGACACAAAAGUAAGAAAAUUAUAAACAUAAUAAUAACAUUUUGCAAUGAUUGUAAAUUUUGGGACUUCAAAUGAACUUUCUGAGGUUUUGAUUUUUUUGCUUAGUGACGGUUUGAUUCUUAACGUGC